UCCGCGUACCGGUAUGCCGUCGGACCGGUACGUAAUGCCCGUAUCGGGCGGUACCAUUCGGUACUGCAUACCAUGGUUUCAAGUAUGGGACCUGUUUUGGUGAUUUGGUCGGACCGGUAUAUACUAGUCAGUAUUGGUAUAUAAUGUGUUGGUACACUGGUACUUACUAGUGUUUUGGAGAGGAAGAACAAAGAGAAGAGAAAGGGUAGAUGAAGGAAGAGGAGGAAGGAGGAAGGUGGAAGAAGAGGAGAUAGAGGAAAAGAAGGAAGAAGCAGGAGAAAGAGGACAAGGAGAAGAGGCAUACCGGAGAAGUAAUUAGGACAAAGGUCAUGCAUGGCAGCAAUGUGCAAUGAAAUUGCGACAAGUGGAGGUUGCAAUGUGUGGUGACCUAGUGGCCUACAUGAGAAGCAAAGGUCUUUUGGGCUGUGAAGUUAUGGUUGCAUGAGAAGCAGUGGUGUCGAUCGCGGUGAGAAGUCAUGGUGAGAAACAGAGGUCACAAUUGCAUAAGAAGUGGAGGCGGCAUGCUUGAAAAGUGGACGUGAUUAGGGUAAGAAGUUUUCCUUUUAUAUGGUGGAUCGGACUAGGCGCAGUCCACGUACCAACGGACGCUUAGACCGAUAUGUACCACUCGUUUGUUAUUGGUUUGAGUAAAAUAUCAUUCCUUGCUUAAUUAUUAUACUCAUCAAACCAUUACAACCUAUUUAAAUUAUUUUCCCACUUUUGCUGUGGGAUUACAUGGGGGCUACUAUAAUUUGUCACGAACCAUGUUAAGUAAACGUGAGACUCAAUCCAGUGGUGACUCACAUUGUGAUGUGCUUCUAACCUCAUCACAUAUAGCCAUUUUGUCCUUAAACCCCUCAGUAUGCCCAAUACUAAGUUGACUCUAACGCGAUUCGUGACAAUGCGCUUGACAUAAAGCUAUCUACAUGAAAUGUUAGUCAAUGAUCAAGUCAAUAGGGAAAAUUAAAAACUAAAAUUUGAUGGUUUUGGGACCAAACACAGGAACUAAGGUUUUCAAUAGUCAGUUUAUGAUUUUUGUGACAUGUAAAUGUCAUGUGGAUAUCAUGUGUAUUUUUUGAAAGGUAUGUGAAGAAAAGAAUUAAAUUGACUAUCACACUAACUCAUCUUUGGCUUGUUCUUUUAGUUUCAAGACGAACUUGCAAUAUCACCCAAAGUUGAAGGAUUCUUCACGUAAUUUGGCUUGUUUUUUUCCUCCUCUCUUCUCUUCUCUUCUCUUCCUUUUUCUUCCCUUCCACCUCUUUUAAUUAAUAUGGUUUACAAAGACUCCACAUACUUUAUGUUUCUGCAUAUUCUGUAUGAAAAAUGCAUCAAAACAGUGAAUGAAUUUGUUCCAUAGGUAUGUACAUAUAUUUGUGUUCCCAUAUUAUAAAUGGCCAGCUGCAAAUGAGAGUUCUGAAAGUCUCUGCUUUUGAUGAGACUCCAAACUUUUUGGAAUCUUAUGCAUUCUUUAGAUUUCUUUGGAUGUUGCUUGAUGGAUCAGCUAGAUGUAUCCAUAACAUAUUGGCUAUAGAAUGCCUGGUAAUUUUCUUCUAAUGAUGUACUACUAUCUACUACCUAGGGCCUAAGUGAAGGAUGGUACGACGGUGGAAGCAUUGCCUUUGCUGUAAUUCUUGUUGUACUUGUUACAGCUGUCAGUGACUAUAGACAAUCCCUCCAGUUCCAGUGUCUGAAUGAGGAGAAGCGAAAUAUUCACUUGGAGGUAACUAGAAGUGGUAGAAGGAUGGAAAUUUCAAUAUUUGAUAUAGUGGUUGGUGAUAUUGUUCCACUUAAAAUUGGGGAUCAGGUUCCAGCUGAUGGUAUUCUAAUUGAUGGCCAUUCUCUUGCUAUAGAUGAAUCUAGCAUGACCGGGGAAGCCAAGAUUGUUCACAAGGACCAAAAGGCACCAUUUUUGAUGUCUGGUUGCAAGGUUGCUGAUGGCUUUGGCACCAUGUUGGUGAUUGCUGUUGGAACUAAUACUGAAUGGGGUAUGUUGAUGGCUAAUAUUUCAGAGGAUAAUGGUGAAGAAACUCCUCUGCAGGUACGAUUGAAUGGUGUUGCCACUUUAAUUGGUACAGUUGGAUUGACAGUUGCUGCUGCAGUUCUCAUUGUUCUUUGGGCUAGAUACUUCACUGGGCACACCAAAAACCCUGAUGGAACUGCUCAAUUCAUAAGGGGGCUUACAAGUGCAAAGGCUGCCAUUGAUGGUGCUGUUAAAAUCCUGACUAUUGCUUUCUUUGGAUUAAUUGUCUUUAUCUCCAUCAGUCUUGCAUACUCAAUGAGGAAGAUGAUGGCAGACAAGGCCUUGGUGAGGAGGCUUUCAGCUUGUGAAACCAUGGGAUCAGCAACAACAAUAUGCAGUGACAAAACUGGAACUUUGACACUCAAUCAGAUGACUGUAGUGGAGGCAAAUGUUGGAGGGAUGAAAUUAAGUUCUCCAGACAAUUGUGAUAUAUUGACCGAUGCUGCAUCUCACCUGCUGAUUGAAGGCAUCGCCCAGAAUACAACUGGCAAUGUGUUUGUGCCAGAAGAUGGACCUGCAGAGGUCUCUGGUUCACCUACAGAAAAGGCCAUUCUUUCUUGGGGAAUCAAGCUAGGAAUGAAAUUUGAUGUUGUGCGGGCAGCAGCAUCAAUUCUUCAUGUAGUUCCUUUCAACUCAGAGAAAAAGCAUGGUGGUGUUGCAAUAAAGGCAGAUUCCAAGAUUCAUGUGCACUGGAAAGGGGCUGCAGAACUAAUCUUAGCUGCUUGUACGAGCUGGUUUGAUGCCGAUGGUUCUAUUCGUCCAAUGACUUCAGACAAGGUGAAUGAGUUUAAAAAUUCAAUUGAAGACAUGGCAGCACUUAGCCUACGUUGUGUUGCAUUUGCAUACAGAUUAUAUGAUCUAGAUAAAAUUCCACAUGAGGACAAAAGGGACAAGUGGGAGUUGCCUGAGGAUGAACUUGUUCUACUCGCUAUAGUGGGAAUAAAGGAUCCUUGCCGUCCAGGCGUAAAAGAUGCUGUAAAUUUAUGCACUACUGCCGGUGUCAAGGUACGCAUGGUCACCGGUGAUAAUAUUCAGACAGCUAAGGCCAUCGCUUUGGAGUGUGGAAUACUUGAUACCAGUGAAGAUCUUACUGAGCCAACCAUUAUAGAGGGCAGAGCAUUCCGUGCCCUUUCUGAAACAGCAAGAGAAGCAAUUGCGGAGAAAAUUUCUGUAAUGGGAAGAUCCUCACCAAAUGACAAACUUCUACUUGUCCAAGCAUUACGGAAAAAAGGACAUGUGGUUGCAGUUACUGGGGAUGGCACUAAUGAUGCUCCAGCACUACAUGAGGCAGAUAUAGGCCUUUCAAUGGGUAUUCAGGGGACAGAAGUUGCAAAAGAGAGCUCAGACAUCAUAAUAUUAGAUGACAACUUUGCAUCUGUUGUAAAGGUUGUCCGGUGGGGCCGUUCUGUAUAUGCAAACAUUCAGAAGUUUAUUCAAUUCCAGCUAACUGUCAAUGUUGCAGCACUUGUUAUAAAUGUGGUGGCUGCAGUUUCAUCUGGAGACGUGCCUCUAAAUGCCGUUCAGCUUCUCUGGGUCAACCUAAUUAUGGACACUCUUGGAGCAUUAGCACUAGCAACGGAACCACCCACUGACAAACUUAUGAAAAGAUCUCCUGUUGGCCGCAGGGAACCUCUGAUUACAAAUAUUAUGUGGAGAAAUUUGUUCGUACAGGCUUUAUAUCAAGUGGCAAUCUUGCUCAUUUUCAACUUUGGUGGAAGGAGUAUACUGCACUUGAAGCAUGAAACUUUGGAACAUGCUGAAAAAGUGAAGAAUACCUUUGUUUUCAAUACAUUUGUGUUCUGCCAAAUAUUCAAUGAAUUCAAUGCCCGCAAACCGGAUGAGAUAAAUAUACUCCGAGGGGUGACCAAGAGCCCUUUCUUUAUGGUGAUAAUAGGAACCACCUUCCUCCUUCAGGUUCUUAUUGUCGAGUUCCUUGGGAAGUUCACAUCGACUGUCAGGCUCGAUCCGAAGCUGUGGCUGGUCUCGGUAGCGAUCGCUCUUGUAAGUUGGCCUUUGGCAGUCCUUGGAAAGCUCAUCCCGGUUCCUGAGAUUCCUCUUGGGGUGUACCUUGCAAGAAUUUUUUGCAGGAGAAGCUCACGCUGAGAUGCAGCAAACAAGGCAAGGAGAAGCGGGGUUGGUGAAACAGACGGACACUGCUGCCUCCCGGAUGUCUUGCCACCGUACGUCGAUUGCCAACUGGAUGUAUGGAUGAUGGAUUCAAGUGAAAUCGUAGUCUGUCUACUCGAUUGUGGCCGUGAUGGCGGGCGGCCACAGCAAGUGCUAAUUCCUAUGGAAAAUAAUGUCUUGUUUCUCAAGAAAUAUCGUCUUCUGUUUUCACCCAAGAAACAAUUCAUAUCAUAGCCUAGUCCUUUCUAGUGCAGUAAAUUAUCAAAGGCCACCACCCACCGAGGCAGAGGUUCUUGGCUACUAAACUUCAAGUUUUAAUUGGUUUUUAUUUGGUACGUUGAGUGGAUGGAUAAUUAUGCAGGCAGAUUAUUACAGGCUCCUCACUCGAACAAAUCGUUGACCUCAAGUUUGACGCGUAUUAUGUGUGAAGAUGGGGGGUUUGGAGUUUCUUUGCAUGUUGUAGGACGUGUAUUAUGUAUGUAUGA